UUACAAUUCUAUACAGAUUCAGAUCUGAAUUUACUUAUAAAAGGAGCAGCGAUAGAAGGAAAGGAAAGCAGCAUAGGUCCAGCAACAUUUGGAAGGUCCGCUAAUUCGUCAGAAGUAUAUAGAGAGAGAUGGCUGCUUAUGCUGCACUAACUUCUCUGCUGGGAACAAUAGAUCAGCUUUUACAGUCCAACUUAUCAGGCCUACAAGAGAACCAUAAGCGACAUUUGAAAUCGCUCAAGGAGAAGUUUGGGUCACUACAAGCGUCGUUUGGCAAUGUUGAUGGCGAACCAACCAAGGAGAUGCAAGCAAGAAUCAAAGAUGUAGCACGCGAUACAGAAGAUGAAGUUGAAUCACUAGUGAAACAACUUAUGGAGCAGGAUGAACUCCUUCAAGUUGAAUCAUGCGCGAAGCUUGCCAAGAUCUCUCAACAGGCUACACAAGAGAUAGAUUCUUUCAAGGAAGAGCUCAUCAAGCAGGAGAAUAACAAUUUGCAAGGUGAGAGUUCUUCAACUAGCGGCUCUAGUUCUCCACGAUUGGAUGCUUCAAUCCUUGAGAACGAUAUGGAAGGGUACAAUGUUGAAAGAGGAAGCAUGGUUCAACAACUUACCAGACGCUCAGGCUCAGAUCAACGGGAAGUCUUCUCUGUUGUGGGAAUGCCGGGCAUAGGUAAGUCAACUUUUGCCAAAACUAUAUUCCUCCAUCCCUCUAUUCGGAGGGUCUUUCAUAUUCGUGGAUGGAUUACUGUGUCUAAGGACUAUGAUCUAAGAAAGAUGCUUCUAGUCCUUCUUGAUGCUAUUGGAAAGAAAGACCCGGUUGAUGCUAAAAUUGAUAUUGGAAAACUCGCUGAGCGGUUAAAAAAUGGUUUGAAGAGAGAAAGGUAUUUGAUUGUUGUGGAUGACAUAUGGAGCAAAGAAGCUUGGAUUAGGAUUGCACAAUGGUUUCCAGAUUCUGGUAACAAAAGUCGAAUUUUGUUGACUUCUCGAGACAAGGAGGUUGCUGAGUACGCUAGCUUUCCAAGAAGUUGUUUCCAGAUGCGUCCUCUGAACACAAAUGAAAGUCAGAAUCUGUUUUACCGGAAGACAUUUGCCAAAAAUGACAACCCAGGGUCGGCAUUUAAGGAAGUUGCAGAGGAAGUUGCCAAAAAUUGCAAAGGAUUGCCGCUAAUGAUUACUGCAGUUGCUGGUAUACUCUCUAGCAAGAGUACGCUAGGUGAAUGGAAUACAGUAGCUCAAAGUGUGAGCUCAUUAGUAAAUGAUGAUGCUUACCAACAAUGCUUAAAAGUGCUCGCUUUGAGCUACAAUCAUCUUCCUUCUCAUGUGAAAGCUUGUUUUUUGCAUUUUGGAGUUUUUCCAAAAGCCCACGAGAUUUCCGUUAAGAAGUUGAUUAGAUUGUGGGUUGCGGAAGGACUCUUAAACCUAAAGGGGGUUGAGGAAUUUGAACAAGUGGCUGGUCAUCUUUUAUAUAAUCUUAUUGAGAAAAGUUUAGUUAUUAUUGGCAAGCGAAGUUUUGAUGGCAAGAUUAAGACAUGUAUGAUUCACGAUCUUUUUCAUGAUUUGUGCUUGGAGGAAGCUAAAAGCGAGAAUCUUUUGUAUGUUCCUUCAGAUUCCACCAUUUUUGAAGUACAGAGAUAUUUUCCCAAAGGUUGUAGGUGGGUGUCAGUUCAAUCAGGUCUAACUAAUCCCCCAAGGUACUACAACGAUUACAGUACUCUUGUCGAAACACGUUCUCUUUAUUUAAAUGGUAGAAGUUGGCAAAUACCUGAUUUAAGACCUUUCCUUUUCAAGCUACUAAGAGUAUUGGACUUGGAGGAAACUAGCAGUUCGUUUUCCCCUGUUGUGAUGAUGGGAGACCUAGUUUGUUUAAGGUAUUUGGCUGUGAUGAGUCAUAGAAUUUUAGAGGAUCUAACAAAUAGCAAUCUUUGUAAUCUACAAACUCUCAUUUUUAGGCGCCACGUAGUGUAUGAUGGUGAACGCGCUGCAACUUUACCAAAAGCGAUUUGGCAAAUGUCUCAACUAAGGCAUCUCUAUGCAGCAUGCUUUUCUCUAUGUUCUCCUAGAAUGGUAUCAGUUGAGCACUUGGUUCUGCGAAACUUACGGAAUGUUUCUGGUUUGAGUCCUUCUUGUUGCACAAAGGAAAUAUUUGAAGGGAUUAAGAAGGUGCAAAAGUUGGGCAUUCUCUGCACUAGGAAGGAAUAUCCUAGGGAUCCUAAAUGGAUAGAUAAUCUUCAAUAUUUACCAGAGCUCGAGGAACUAAGUAUUGCAACUCAAGGUUAUCUGUUCGAGAGGGAAGAAGUUGAAUGUUUUAGUCUUACAAGUCCAGAUGCUUUACCACUAAAUCUCAAGAAAUUGAAACUUAGCAAGACCUAUCUUCAAUGGAAGUACAUGGCCGUUAUUGGCAAGUUGCCCAAACUCGAGGUGCUCCAAUUGAAGGAUCAUGCCUUCGUGGGCAACGAGUGGAAAGCAACAGAUCAAGUGAGGUUCCAUGAAUUGAAGUUCUUGCUUCUUGAUUGUCUCUACCUUAGAAACUGGAGAACCACUGACUCUAAUGAUCAUUUCUCAAGCCUUGAGCGCGUAAUUAUCAAAGGCUGCAAUUUCUUAAAAGAGAUUCCUGAAGGAUUUGCUGGUAGCAAGAACCUGGAGCUGAUUGAGUUACACAAAUGUACUCCUUCCGUUGUGGCUAUUGCUCAGAAGAUCCAGGAAAAACACGAGUAUUACGGAAGGUGCAAACUGAAAGUUAUCGACUACGAUACAGCAGGAAUCUUUGAACGUCAAAUGCCGAAGGCGCCUCAGCUAAGAGAUUACCUUAAAAGAUCAACCUGCAACUGAUGGAAUCACAUAAGGCUUUGUCUUCCCUCUGUGAAUUUUUCCACCAAAUACAACAAGAGGAAGAGAUGGAUGCAACUUAAUCAUGGGCGACUCAAUGAAAUCGGAGGCCUAAAGUCAAAACUUAAGAAGAUUUGAGGAAAUAGCAUUAAUAAUGUGAUAACAGUUGGACAAAUAAAUACGAUUAAUUUAGAAAACUAAGAAAAAAAUUUAUGGUCUUAACAAAUUUUCUUUCAAGGUUUUAAGUUUUCUGUUAAGUAUUUCACUGUACAAUAUUAUCUAUUAUUUUAAAAUUUUGAGUCAAAUUAUUUA